AUGCCUUCUGGCUCACAGAGAAAAGACUCAUUAGCGAGUCACGACUCGUACGACCGGAGGAGCAGUGAGUCUUACGGCUCACGAUCUACAGCCCCCACCUCCGUCUACACAAACUCCAGGCCCUCAGAAAAGUACAGCAAACCCUACGUCCAGUAUGUCGAAGGCCAACAAGACCUUUCCCCGGCUACCUCGUCAUAUCCACGGUCUUCCGUCGACACGUACGCAUCCACCGAUGCAUCAGAAGAGGACCUGACCCUGGAGCGGGAGGAGGACCUGGUCAGGGCCAACGAAUCCGACUACAUCCCACCUCUGCCUGCUUACCACCAUGAGAUUUCCGAACCCAACAUGCGACCCUCAACACCCAAGAACUUCUCCCAGCUGUUUCCUAGCAUGAACCGUCUUUCAAUAAGACAUGAUGACUUCACGACAGACGGCAACAUGAACCUUCGUGUUGACACCAUCGUGCCCGGGAGGAGGAGAACCGCCAUCCAGCUCUUUCACCUGCGCAUGUAUGACUUGGCAAGGCGAGAGUUUUCACUUCGACGAUACUGCCGCGACUCAGGCCGCGAGGUCUGCAGCUCAAAGCGCAAGUUUGUCGACCCAGCCUCGUCGAGCAGGCCCUCCCUCCAGCGGUCAAUGUCUAGUGCCAUGAAGGCCAUGGCAAGACCCCAGGCCAAACGCACCAAUUCUAGCGGCUCGUUUUCCAACAGGGAGAGACGUCCAAGCACGUCGCACUCCCGCGAUACAGAAGCCGACGUCGCGAGCCUGUCCUCUCGCGCUUCAGACGGCGAUCACAGGAGCCACCAGCCUCACCAGCCCACCAAUUCCGUCAAGCUGGAAUUCAGCAACUAUGCACGUGUGGAUGUGGCAAGAAAGGGGCAAAAGGCCAAGAACAACAAGCGCUACGAAUUCAACUGGUGGGGCCACAAGUAUGUAUGGAAACGAGUCGUUGAGAAGCACCUCGACGGCGUUGUCUCCUUCCACCUCGUACGCGAUGGCGAAACCACUCCCGUCGCCCACAUUGUUCCGGAGACCCGUUCACCAAACCAGGUCGAAGACGAUGAGGCUUCCGGGGGCUGGGUCCCGCCCUGUUUUAUGUGGAUCAACGACCAGUCUAUCAUCGACGCCGUGACAGACGUUGCCGACGUGAUCGUCGCAACCGGUCUCAUCGCUCUUGUCGACGACUGCAUCAAAGAACGCUGGCAGCCCAAGAAGAGUCAUCACAUCCCUGUUCUUGGCGACGUGCAGUAUGUCGGUCCCCGUGCCUUCGUGCAGCGCGUUUUCAGUUCACGGAGGAACUCGGCGAGCCAAGACCACCACCCAAAAAGCCCAUUGCGCAACUCUGAUGCGAUAGACGUGUAUUAG